AAUGAACGUAAUUACGCUAUUGCUGAAGACUUUGGUUGUGCUCGGAUUUGCCGUGCUUUUGGGACCAGGAAGGGUGGCUGCCUACGAUCCCAACGAUCCGAAGAUAGCCGAGUGCUGCCUGCCCCCAGAUGGGAUGUUCGAGGCCUUUUAUCCCCGCGAGGUGGAGGGAAUCCCCAAUAGCGCCUCGCGACCCGCACACGGGCAUGGCAGCUUCUUCAAGCACCGGAACCCAGCGCUGGUGGACACCAAGAACGCGGCGGCCUAUGGCUAUAGGUUCGAUGGCAAGAGACGUUUCAACUUCGAUUAGUUCUGGCCACAAAUCUGUAAUCUGUAAUAUUGGCAAAUAAAGUCCCUUACUGAAAACUUUAAAAAA